AUGGAUCUUUUUAGAGCACUAAGUAGAGGAGCUUCAUUGAAGAAAUCUAAAGGUGUGGCAUCGGAUUAUUCCAUGCCAACUAAAGUUCAACUUGAUUCCCAAUCUAAAAAAGAGAAGAAUCUGGAAGAGGAGAUUGAAGAAGAGCUCGAUUUUUUCCAUGCCAAAGAUAGUCGAGACCUCAGUAACAGCCAACAUCAACAAAUCCAGAGUGAUAAAGGAUUGCCUGAAAGUGUGGACUUACCUCCUCCAGUAAUCCAAUCCAAGGAAGAUGCUGCCAAACUCAGAAAAUCUUAUGGAGCCAAGGUUUCUGGUGAAGAUAUUCCACUUCCGAUUGGUUCAUUUCAGGAUUUAGUGACCAGAUUUCAACUGGAUCAUAAACUUCUUGAGAAUUUGAUUCAACAAGAAUUUACAGAGCCUACGCCAAUCCAAUGUGAAGCCAUACCUGCUGCCAUGUAUAAUAGAGAUAUCAUUGGAUGUGCACCUACAGGUUCUGGUAAAACUCUAGCAUUUCUCAUUCCAAUGGUGCAGUCGUUAAUCAUGGAGAACAAAAAACUUAAAGGUAAACGUCAGAAUGUUCGUUGCCUUAUAAUAUCACCUACUAAGGAGUUAGCAUAUCAGAUAUUUUCUGUGUUGAGCCAUCUUGUUAGCGGAUUGACAGAAUUGAAGAUUGGUUACCUAAAUAAGAGUGUGGCGGGUAAACUUCGAAAUAAGGUAAUAUCAUCUUCGAAAUUCGACAUAAUCGUCUCCACGCCGCUUCGAUUAAUUGAUUUGGUAGAUCAUGAGGCCUUGAAUUUAAGCUGUGUGCAACAGUUGGUGUUGGAUGAAGCCGAUAAGAUGUUUGAUUCUAACUUUGUGGAGCAGACUGACCGAAUUUUGACAAUUUGUACGAAUCCCAAGUUGAGAAGAUCGGUUUUCUCAGCUACAAUAACAUCUAACGUUGAGGAGAUCGCACAGUCGGUUAUGACAUAUCCAGAAAGGAUCAUUAUUGGACAUAAAGAGGCAGCUAAUACCAGUAUCGAUCAAAAGCUCGUGUUCUGCGGUGACGAACAUGGUAAAUUAAUAGCCAUUAGACAAAUGGUUCAAGGUGGAGAGUUUAAGCCUCCUGUCAUAAUCUUCCUACAGUCUAUCACUAGAGCCAAGGCAUUAUUCCACGAGUUAUUGUACGAUGGAUUGAAUGUUGAUGUGAUUCAUGCUGAACGAACCCAAACCCAAAGAGAGCAAGUGCUUGAAAAGUUCAAGAAGGGAGAGUUAUGGUGUCUUAUAUGUACGGAUGUUCUUUCCAGAGGUAUUGAUUUCAAGGGAAUCAAUAUGGUGAUAAAUUACGAUGUUCCUAACUCAGCGCAGGCUUACGUUCAUCGUAUUGGUAGAACAGGACGUGCCGGAAGAGCCGGUAAAGCAGUUACCCUUUACACAAAGGUGGACAUGGACUCUGUUAAAGUGGUGGUUAACGUUAUGAAGCAAAGUGGUUCCGUGGAAGGGAUCCCAGAAUGGCUGAGAAAAGGUAUUCCUAAGCUAUCCAAGGGCAAGAAGAAACAGAUCAAAAGGAACCAGAUAGACAGACAGGAAAUCAGCACGGUUCCAACGUUUGUGAGACAGAAGAGAAGAAAGAAAAGAGAUAUGGUUGAAGGAUCCAAGAGAAGACAGUUACUUGAAGAAUAG